AGUUGUGCAUUUUCAGUGUUUACAUAAUUUACGGAUCAUCCGGUCGUGAAAAUGAAAUUGAUAUUGGUUCUUACUGCUGUGAUAGCUGUUGCUCUAGCCGCCCCCCAAGCAGCCGAUAAAGAUGCUCAAAUUACUAAAUACAACUCCGACAAUUCAGGAAUAGAUGGCUACAACUUCGAUUUCGAAACCAGCAACGGAAUUUCCCAGCAAGAAACCGGCCAGCUGACCAACCAAGGGACGGAAAAUGAGAUCAUGAAAGUGACCGGUUCGUACACGUUCACGUGGCAGGGUGUCACGUAUACGGUCACUUACACGGCAGACGAAAACGGCUUCCAACCUGUUGGAGACCACAUUCCGAAAUGAAAAUUCUAAGACUAGCUCAACAGUGUUCCAGCACCUAUUAUUUUUAUUGUAUCUUUCUGUAAAUAAAUUGGUCGAAAAUGCGAAAUAAACAGUUUUGUAAAAUGUCUA